AGAAAGAUGAGGCUCCAAGAGGAGAAUAUAGCUUAGCCUAGGUCACUCAGUCAGGAAGUGGCUGGUGAGGAUAAAUAGUCAUGGCAGGGUAUCACCUAGCCUGAGGUCCAACAUAACAUUCACUCAGUACUUGAGAGCUGGGGCUAUUCCUGGCAUUCAAAGGGCUGCCUGUUCUGUCCCUCAGCAUAGGAAAUACCAACCCAGGUAACCGAGAAGAUGGAAUUGAAUAUCAUCAGCCUGCCUGUCUGGGCCUCACUAAUUCUUGAGGGGGUAGUGGUCACUUGGAGUGGCCUGAGCAGCUUUGGUUCUAUCUGGGCAUUUCCUUGGGUGGGCAGCCCUCACCCUGUCCUUGAAAUGGUUCAGGCUGGGUAGCAACCUCUAUGUGGUGUGGGCAAAAUAUGGGACUGGUUUAGGGCGGGGACAAGACCGAGAACACAGGUUUCCUUGUAUUGCUGGAGAGAGGGAGGGCAGAAGGAAAUUGGAGACCCCAUUUCUGUCUUAGUUACUCUUGCUCAUAGUCCAUGAUGACUUGGUCCAGGGUGUUCCUCGGUAUCAUCUUGCUGUCUGCCUUACUAGGACCUAGUAUUGGGGGCCGCCCCAUGCCCAAGCUUGCUGACCGGAAGCUGUGUGCUGAUGAGGAAUGCAGCCACCCCAUCUCCAUGGCUGUGGCCCUUCAGGACUACGUGGCCCCUGACUGCCGUUUCCUGACCAUACACAGGGGCCAAGUUGUGUAUGUCUUUUCCAAGCUGAAGGGCCGGGGUCGGCUCUUCUGGGGAGGCAGUGUUCAGGGAGAUUACUAUGGAGACCUGGCUGCUCGCCUGGGCUUUUUCCCCGGUAGCAUUGUACGGGAGGACCAGAUCCUGAAACCUGGCAAAAUCGAUGUGAAGACAGAUAAAUGGGAUUUCUACUGUCAGUGAGCUCCGCCUAACGCUGUCCCUGCUGUUUUUUUCCCCCAGCUUUAUGCAAAUACAUCAGCC